AUGGAGGCAGCGGUAACAGAGUACCAGAAGUUGCAAGAUUCGUUCCAAACGGCGGUGGAAGCGAGGCAGCAGCUCGACUCGCAACUGCGCGAAAACGAACAGGUGGCAAGAGAGUUUAGCAAGCUCAAGCAGGACAACCAGGUCUACAAGCUGAUCGGACCCGUGCUGGUGAAGCAAGAUCAGGUGGAAGCCAAGUCGAACGUCGAAAAGAGGAUCGAGUUUAUCAAGGCCGAAAUUGACAGGGUAGAAGCACAGAUCAAGGACUUUACCGAAAAGACCGACAAGAAGAAGAUCGAGAUCGUAGCGCUGCAGACCAAGGCCCAGCAACAGGCGGCAGCAGCAUAA